ACAACAUGGAAAACCUGAGACUGUCGUUCAAUAACGAGAGGAAACAAAUGCUGACGUACAGAGAGCAGCAGCUAGCCAAACUGGAGGACGCAGAGUUCACGCUGGAGCAGCGACACAAGCACCUGAUGAGUGACAUCAUCAGAGUGUACAGCGAGAGCCUUGCUGCGUACGAGAGCGCCCACGACGACCAGAUGGCUGCUCUGCUCCUGGAAGAAAAGGUCGCAUUGGCCGAGAGGAGUCAGAAGAACCAGGAAGUCCUGGUGCUUCACCAGGAGGAAGCUAAAGAACUGGAGGAUCUGGUUCAGAAGAAGCAGCGAAUCAUCCAAAAGACAGAGGAAAAAAUGAAGACGGCAAAGAAACUGCAGGUGACUGCAGCCCAACAGCAGCAAAAACUGAAAUCCAGCGAAACAGAAAACGAGUUGUUAGAACGAGAUCUGACAAAAGCCAUUGAUGACGUCAAGCAGAAAACUCGGAAACUUCGUGAUAAGAUGACUGGAGGUCAGUUGAGGGUCAGAACAGGCCUCCGCGACCUCACUGUCCAGAGCGACAGCGCUGCCAAGAGGCUGCAGGCUGCCAUUAAUAAGGGUGAGAGGGUUUUACGUGUCGGAGAAUUAUGUCACAAACUAAACGGCGUCAUCGCACCGUUGCCCUGCUCUACAGAUGAUCGCAAACCAGGGACACAUGAGGACCAGGCAGAGGAGACGUCUGCGUUUCCUGAGCUGCAUCAUUUAACACGCAAUAUUAAUGUUGCCGUGUUGCACUGUGACGCUGCUAAGAGAGACAGAGAACAUCUGCGCAGAGAGAACGUCCAACUACGGCUCCUGCUGCGUCAGCGACUGGACGCCAUGACGGUCAGUGACCACGCCCUGGAUGGAGGCCCCGGCCUCCUCUCCAUACACCAGGCUCCCACCAUGAGGACACCACAGAGCACUGGCCAACGUCAAACUGUGAUCGAAGCUGUUCACGCCAUAAAGAACUCACUUUAACAGGAUGUCAGUGAAGGUGACGAAACACCUCAUGAACCAGUCACUCCUACACCAAACUCCAUACAGAAAAUAAGUCGUUUUAACUCACAGUGACAUUAAGGCUGCCUCGUGUGGUCAUUUUGUGAUGACUAUUUUAUUUGUUUGAAUUUUAAAAUUCAACGUUCUGUUCUGAUUACUCCUCCUAAAUUUUAAAUAAUUAAAUAUAUCAUUUGAAUAUCUGGUUAAUGUUAAAUCAGUACUCUUCCUGACCUAAUCAUAAACAAACAGGAACAUUUUUGAAAAUAACUAAGGAUUAAGAUUGUUUUUGUGUGAAUUGUUGUUCGUACCUAUAUGUGGCCCUGCGACUGACUGGUGAAAUGUCCAGGGCUCAAGCGCCCGCCGCAGCCCCAAAAGGGUAUGCAGUAUGUAAUGGAUUGAUUCUCACGUGACAUUAAAUAUUCAAAUUAUUUUUUUAAUGUUUUUGUACAUUUCACCUUCUUUUCCUCCUCCCACACAUUUAUCAUCUUAUAUUAUUUCCUAAACUAUUUUCCUCCAAGAGCUUGGGCCCAAGAACUUUUUCAAAAAACUGCUUUUACUGAUUGCGAAAAUAAAAAUCACCAGUUUUAUUUUGAAAAGCUUCAACCUUUUUUAUAGCAACCAUGAAGCAGAGCAGCAGAGUCUGUACAGGUACAACAUUUAAUAGUUAUUAUAGACAUUUUAUAUACAUUUCAACAGUUGUUUUUCUAUGUGGUACAAUCUUAAAAUCUGUUGUUUCAGGGUUUGAAAAUCAACAACAACAAAAAAAAAACUUACAAAACUCAAAACUCUCAAACUGAUCA